UAAAAGGUGAAUUUCUUAAUCUGUGUGAAAACAACCAAAAAAUCACUUAUUGUGGACCGGAGGGAGUAUCAAAUAGUCGCAGCAUUUCAUCUCCCUCGAAGAAAGGGGAUGCAACUCGUAUUAGAAAGUGACGAGCCUCAUGGCCUAUGGCUAUCUGAUUGUUCCAUAAUCCAUAUCGGUGCCCACAAAUGCCAAUUUAUACUUGUCAUUUGUUGCUUUUCUCGGAUAAUGAAAACAGAAACUUUUUUUUUUGGUCAAGGUAUAGACAACUUGUUCAGAGACGAUAAAAUGGGUACAAAUGAGUUAAAGGAGGCUUUAAUCUUUCUCUGCAAAGGAGAACUCUGGAGAAUGGCUGUUCUUUGGACUCCCUCUCUCAUCAUUUCCUACUUGCAUCUGUUUUCCCAAAGCCUCUUCUUGCGGAAAUCCAAAUUCUAUGAUCGUUCUUCACCAUCACUGCCUACAACAUCAUCUAAUCCUGCUAUUGCUUCUAUCAGAAAGCCUAUCUGCAUAAUUACAGGUGCCACAUCUGGUUUGGGUGCUGCAGCUGCAUUUGCCCUUGCUAAAGAAGGCUAUUACAUUGUUCUUGGUGGGCUUCUUGAUGCAUGCUUCCUCGAUAUGAUUUUUAAAAAAAAAUGAACUUCCGCUCUAAUUUUAUUUGUACUUAUUUAUUGAAAGUGCCACAUCCUGAUUUGGUUAAUAGAUCAAAUGUGUGCCUAUCAUGAGUACUACACGGCUAACUUGCAAAUCUAAGAAUCUGCUUAGGAGAAUACAAAUGUUGUGUAUUGAUCUUGAUUAUGUAAGGCAAGGUGAAAAUGUUACCCUCUCAUUUUGCUUUCACAUAUUUAUCAUAGGACCUAUAGCUAUUUUACGUCUUCCGUUAUAUUCAGAGGGCGCUGCAGCUUCAGAAUCCGCCUUCGUUUACCACAUAAUCAGGAAAAACCCAUGUGAAUUGUGAAGUAUAGUGAGUGGAUUUGCUUCAUCUGAUAGAGUGAAAAAGGCUUUUUUGUUGUUGU